AUGGCGACGUUCGAACUUUACCGCAGGUCUACUAUUGGAAUGUGUCUUACCGAGACUUUGGAUGAGAUGGUUCAGAGUGGAACUCUGAGUCCUGAGCUUGCUAUUCAGGUUCUGGUUCAGUUUGAUAAGUCUAUGACUGAGGCUCUGGAAACCAAAGUUAAGAGCAAGGUUUCUAUCAAGGGACAUCUCCAUACAUACAGAUUUUGUGAUAAUGUUUGGACCUUCAUCUUACAAGAUGCUUUGUUGAAGAAUGAAGACAGCCAAGAGAAUGUUGGACGGGUUAAAAUAGUGGCAUGUGACUCAAAGUUGCUCAGUCAGUAA